AUGCUUAUAAAUUUGAGCGACUUAUACAAAGAUUUAGUUUUUAACAUAGAUAAGUAUAAUGAGUUUUCUAAAUUAGUAGAUAUAAACAAACCAAAUGCAUAUGAGUUUUUCGAUUUACGCAAACAGGUAGAUUUCCUUAAAGAAAAGGCUAUAAGUAAAUCCGGAGAGCUAACGCCCACGCGUAGAUUCAAACGAGGCAUUAUCAACCCCUUAGGAUCACUGAUUAAAGUUAUUACAGGAAACCUGGAUAAUCAAGACGCUAUUCGUUACGAGUCACUAAUAUCUCAGUUAAAGGGCAAUCAGAUUAUUACAGAUAAGAAAAUUAUGGUUAUCUCCAAAAUGAUGGACAGUUUCAUAAAUAGUACUGAAACCUUACAUGAAAAUACUUUAACAUUAGACGCACGUUUCAAAAAGAUGGAAAAACUUGUAAAAACUAUAGCAAAUAAGGAAACCAGUUAUAUAUACUCAGUAUACAUUUUAAGUAUGUUUAAUAUGUUCUUAAAUAAUUUUCGAACCAUUCAUACUACUAUACAAGAAAUUGAAACUGCGUUGGCCUUCAGCAAAUUGUCAGUAUUACACCAAAGUAUUGUGAACUCUACAGAAUUAUUAUCCUUGUUACAAUCUAUUUCUAAAAAUGCAAAUUUAAUGUACCCAGCAACUCUUGAAAAUUUGGUUAAUCUGGAAAAGACAAUAAUUGUUAAAAGCUAUGUAAAAGAUAGUCAGAUAACGUUCAUAAUGGAGGUACCCUUAAUAGAUAAUAAUACCUAUAGCUACUAUCAAAUAUAUUCACUACCUAUAUAUAAUAGCAGUCGCAAUAUAACCCAAGUAAUUAUUCCCAAACACCCCUACCUAUUGGUGAAAGGUUCGGAAUACCUGCCGGUCCAACACCCCUGCGAGCAGCUCGCCUCCGACGACCAGUUCCUGUGUACCGAGGAUAGCACUGUCUUGUACUCACCACCUACCUGUGUAGAACAGCUGAUGAAAUUUAGUAUAAAUUAUAAUGCCUGCACCCCAUACGCUAUAGAUAUAGAGACAAUCAAAGUUCAACGGAUUGACUCUACCAGCUGGAUUUUAUAUGCACGAGAAAAAUCCAUGUUUUCCACUCAAUGUCAGAAUGAUAUAACACACCAACAGAUACAAGGCACCUAUAUACUAACUAUAUCUAACAUAUUAUGUGAUUACCAGCUGGAGAAUUUCUACCUACACCAUAGACAACACUAUUUUACUAGUCUACAGUACAAGGCGCUACCAAUAAUAGAUCUACCAGAGCUUCCACAAGACAACGUGACUACAUCCCGCACCGUAAACGUGAAGGGUGUCAAUUUAGACAACCUACGACAGAUGUAUAACACUCUACAAAGUGAAAUUAGUGAAAACAGUGAAAAUAUCUCAAUGCCCACAGUGCAAGUGAAAAGUGUUAGCUUAGCAACCCUUAUUCUGUAUUUCUUGUUAAUCAUAUGUGCCAUUGGUUUUUCUAUGUAUAGUUAUAGAGUAUGGAUAAUGUCGAAGCUUCGAAAUUCCCGGAAUCAAGAAUCUUCCAGUAAUUUCGAUCUUGGGGAUGGAGGAGUUAUGAACCCUCAACCCCUUAGAGUAAUCCAAGUACGUGCCUAGGCUUGCAUGCCUUGCACUUUCCAGGUGGUCUGUUAGCAGUAAGUUAGAGUAAGCAAAUUGUUAUCUUGUUUAGCUCGUAAGUCAUUUUGGUCGUUGAAUACAUUAGAUCGAUUUAGCAUGCGCUUCUGCUAAGA